AUGAGGACUAGCUGCAAUGGCUGUAGGGUUCUUCGCAAAGGUUGCAGUGAGAACUGCGAAAUCCGACCCUGCAUUGAGUGGAUCAAAUCGCCGGAAUCCCAAGCCAAUGCCACCCUUUUCUUGGCCAAGUUCUACGGCCGUGCCGGGCUUCUCAACCUCAUCAAUGCCGGAGCACAGCACCAGCGCCCAGGGAUUUUCAAAUCACUCCUGUACGAGGCAUGCGGAAGGAUCGUGAACCCGACUUUUGGGUCGGUGGGUUUGCUCUCCUCCGGGAACUGGGCCCAAUGCCAGGCUGCAGUCGACGCUGUGCUCGCCGGCUUGCCGAUCGUGGAAAACAAUGAGCCAGUCCCAUACCUGAACCCUUUCCCUCCUGUCAACUCCUGUGACAUACGCCACGUGUCCAAGGACACUAGCUUGGGUAAGACCCGGAACCGGUUCAAGAGGUCCAGGUCGAAAGUCCAGCUCGGCUCGAUCACGGAGGCGGCGGCGGAAUGGGGUCGGGUCAACCCGCUUGAGUUUGGCCAGUGUUCUAGUGGAGGAGGAGGUGAGAGAAGCAUGCAGUCAGUGGAAACAGUGGAGGCUCCGUGGGAGAUGAACCAGGGCAAACCGGACCCGGUUGGAAAUGGUGAUGAAGAGGAGGUCGGGCUGGAACUGACUCUCGGAUUUGGCUUCGGGAAAUUGAAGGGAAAAGCGUAAUCAUCAAGUAUGGUUAAUCU